AUGUCUGUACUGACAGCAUUGUUGCUGAGGGGCCUGACAGGCCUAGCCUGGAGGCUCCUGGUACCGUGCCUAGAUCCAUUCCACAGGCCAUGGCAGCAGCUCAGGACCACUGGGUUCACCUCCUGCUUCCUAUGUUUUCUCUUGCCAUUGGGCUGGGUCCUGUCACAUCUGGAGAGCUACAAGAAGUGGGAGUGA